GAACGCCCAGACGCUCUCACAAACAGAAUAGUGGAAGAUGGACACAGAGAGGAAGAUAGUGAGUAGGGAGGAGAAAACUGAGUGAGGAGGAGUUGUUAUCACGCGCACCAGGCUGCAGGAGAGUAACAGAUUACGGUACAGUUGUCAGAGGGAGGACUCUGCUUUGCCGUUACCAGAUCAACAUGACCAUACCGGGUGUUUGUGCCUCUUCAACCGGAGUGAUCACACGGAAGACAGUGGAUUGACAGACAAGCGCACAGUGGACAAUCCAGAGGACAGUUUUACUUAAAGUUCAGUGCGUUACUAUUUUUUAUAUGGGUGGAACCCACAUGAGUUGAUUGCUUGCCCAUGCGUCCUGACUAGCGAUUGGCUUCAGCGCGUGAUUCCAACCGGUGCAGUUCUUCUCAUCCGCGUGCCUGUAUCACAGUCUCCCUCCGUGGCAGAUGAAUGGCGCCGGUGCUUCUCUGCGCGCUUGCACUCCCCGGUGACGACAGAGGAGCGGCGCGGUGGCACAGCGCAGAUGGAUUAUCCUGGCGUGGUGAUGGGCUGCAGGCUUCCGAAGCCGCGGAGGGCUGGGGAGGAGAGGAGUCCUGGGAAGAUCUACUCCACCCUCAGGCGGCCGCAGGUGGAGACCAAGGUGGGCGUGGCCUAUACCUACCACUUCCUGGACUUCCUGCUGGGGAAGGAAGAGGUGUCUGUGUCGUCGGUGCUGUGUCUGUCUUCAGUGAGGGAGUUACCCGUCCAGGUGAGGGAGCUGUAUGGUCAGGGCUUUGUCCUGGUGGCUGUCCAUCCCUUCGUCCACCCUUGUGGUCCCCGGCCCGCACGCAUCCAGCGCCAGCUACACAGAGCUGUCCUCAUUAAAGAGACGCAGAGUUCAGAGAAGAGCCAGCUAAAGUGGGUGGGGCGCCUGGAAACAGACGUGUGUGUGGCAGGUCACCAGGCCCCCGACCCAGAAAUCAUCCAGAACUACGUGAAAAAGAUCCAGGACAUGGCGGAGCAGGGUGUGCUGUUUGUGGGCUUCGUCCAGCAGCCUGGAGGGGGACCUUGUUUCCUAGGGCAUUGGGAACCCGAGGAUCUAUCCUCCCUGCACUCGAGCCCCUCUCCCACACACAGACCUCCCUGCAGCACCACCAUCAGCUCAUUGGAACCUACUGUUCUGGACCUCAGCCCCACAGACACCAAACCCAGCCAAAACCCCUUUGAAUCAGAAAAUGACCACAACACAGUUCUAAAAGCACAAGAGCACUCCUCGAUAGAACUCAGAAGAGUUGGGCAGAAUGCUACUGAUCACCAUCAAGUCAAGCUAGACUUCAGCUCUAUAGAACCUAUUGAAAAGAAACAGCAGUUUAUUCCAAUAGAAGCAGCUGACAGAAGCAGUAACGGCACUCCCUCCGUAACUGUCAGAUUACCUUUAACAGUGCACCAACCAAACCUAUCGCCAAAUGACUCACCAGAAAAACAGGCUGAUAGCCCAAAAGACCUAGCCAGUGACCAGCCGAACCGGGCCCAGGCCCUUGGCCCAUCAGAACACCUUGGUGACCAGGAGCAACAGCAGUGCAGCAGCCCAGUGGAGACCAUAUGUAUGGACAGACAACAGAAUGAAAACCCAGAAGACUUUAUCAGGACUCUACUGCCAAAUUACAGCCCACCCGAGUUAACACACGGACAGGGAGGUCCCGACAUUGACGAACAGAGCCAGGCCGACAGGCAGAGUCUGGGCCUGGACUACAGCUCAGAUGACCUGCUCUGGUCACCAGAACACAGGUCGAAGUCUGUGUCUGAGAGGAGAUGUAGCUGUGGAAACAGGGGUACUGGCAGUGACCCGGAUGAUCAUCAGAGGAAAAGCAGUUUGUUAACCCACAACAACAAUCACAUCCAGGUCAAGAGUUCAGACAGAGACAAACGGACCCCGGGGUCUCUUCCAGUUCCAAGCAGGAUGCAGCUGUUUGCCCUUUACAACCAGACUGGGGAAUUGUCAAAUUCUAUGAGGUUCUACUCUCUCAGGGUUCCACUGCAGCUACAGAGAGAGGCGGGGCUAGUGACUGAGGUCGAUGCCCACUGGCUAGAUCACAUGACACAGCAUUUCACUAGUGGAGCUCGCCUCAUCGAUGGCUUCUUUCACCUUGGAGAUGACAAUGACAGUGUGGUCUCCUCUGUGGAUAGUGUGUUCAUCUUCCAGAACUCCCCAGAAGAAAACACACCUGUUUCAUAUGACGCUAUUGUGGUGGAGCAGUGGACAAUUGUCGAUGUGUGUGUUACUUUCUGCCUUUCUCUGUUGGUUUCCGUCAGUGUGGGUUACUUUCGGUUUUUCUGGGGUGUCGUGGUGAGGACGGACUACAUCCCCCUGCUCCAGUCUCUGGCCCCCUUUGGCUGGAGACUGAUGUGUGUACUGCCUACUCCAAUUGUACGGACCAACAGUGAUGGCAGCUUGUCCACCAAGCAGAUUCUCUUCCUCCAGAGACCUGCCUUGCAACGCAAAAGGAAAGACUUCAAGAAGUUGAACCUCAGGGGUCGGAACAAGGCGAAAAAAAACUCAGCCGAAGAAACACUUGACAAGAAAGAGGAGAGAGAGAACGUGUUCCCAUUGACAGAGAGAGGGAUGGAUGGACAGAAGAGGAACACAGAAGAGAGAAGGGACUGGGAGACAAGAAAUGAGAAUGAGAGCAUUAUAGAGAGGAAAGGGGAGACAACAUCUCAAGAAGACUUCCCCCUGGGGACAAAAGGCAGGGCCGAAGACCUCAACCAGGAAGUAAGCCAAGAGAAUGGUGACGUUCCAUUGGGUGUACAGGAGAUGCCUGUCAGUGAUGCAAAUGUCAGCCUACAGAGUGAUGAAGUGAAGUUAGAGGUGAAGAUCCUACCACAGCUGAGUGAGAGAGCCCUGUUUUCUGGAGUAUGUUAAUUAAGAACUGACCAAUAGACCAGGGCAUGUUUUCAAGUGUUUCAGAGUAAGGGUUUGCCUUGUAAACCCUAAUGAAUAAGAAAAGAGAUGCUUUUUAAAUAUAUGUGCUCACUUGGUGUCUUUCCUGGUUGGAAUCAAUGGAAUAGUCCCAAAAGUGCCAAUUCAGCCCUUCUGGGCAGGACCAAGCAUGAUCUAAGUUUUCAAACAGUCUACCAUUUUAACCCAGGACUAAAUCUAAUAAAUAUACAGAAUGACCAUGAUGGAGUAGUAGCACAGUAGUUGUCAUCGAUGGAAACCCAAGGCCUCUUACUAGAAUGGUGAUUUGGUUAAACGUCUUUAUAUUCCUGGGACAGUAUAAAAUAAUAGAUCUUCUAUAUGGAUAUUGUGUACAUAUGUUAUUUGUAUGGAUAUGGAAUGCUGCCAAUGUGUAAUGGCUCCAAUCAGCCUUGUAGGCACACAUUUGACCUUGUGACCUUUUUAACCUCAGAUGUUAUGUAGAGCAGGGUAAAGCUGAUCUUCAUUUUGCAUUUUCCCAACCAAUGGCUACGGUUAGGAUGGGAGGAACUGAUCCAGAAACUGGACUGAAGGGCCAUCUUCAUCCAUGAGCGGUGAAAUGCAACAGCCUUGUAGGUGUUCAUUGGCUGUAGAUGGGUGUGUUUGAAAAUGUACCGGCCAAUGAGGACACACAGAGACAGGAUUUGGAGUCUUAAUUGCUAUUGUAACAUCAAUGUUUCACCCCUACCCAUGGACCACUGUCUACAUUUUACAUGGAUCAUAGUUAUACUGUACAGACAAUCCACACCCCUCUUCAAACCAUCAUGGACCAUGGUCCUGUGGGAAUAUUUAGAACAUGUAUUCUUCUAUCACCCCAUUACUUAUCCGCAUAAUAAUCUGCUUACUGUUGUUUGAGCGGGAAAUCUUACCUGACUAGCUUCCACCCGUCAUGUUGUGUCAGGUCCGUAAUAGUACUAAACACAAGGAAGAGUUUACUGCUCCUUAGUCCCUGUUCUGGAAGUGUGUUGUGAGUGGUGUGGCAAGGAAAAGUAUCCCAACAUGCAAACUAUUCCCAUAGCACUCUGGUCAAUGUAGUGCACUAUGUAGGGAAUAGGGUGCUAUUUGGGAUUUUUACUCUACAGAUAAACAGUGGGAAUAAAC